AUGGAAUCGGUUAGCGAAUCCGUACCGUCUGCGAACUCGACUUCGUCGUCUAUACCGCCGCCGGUGAACACAGUGCCGCCGUUUUUGAGCAAAACCUACGACAUGGUUGAUGAUUCGACGACCAAUGAGGUCGUAUCUUGGAGCAGCGGGAACAACAGCUUCGUCGUCUGGAAUGUACCGGAGUUCUCGAAAGUGCUCUUGCCGAAGUAUUUCAAGCACAAUAAUUUCUCCAGCUUCGUCAGGCAGUUAAAUACUUACGGCUUCAGAAAAGUUGAUCCAGAUCGAUGGGAAUUUGCAAAUGAGGGAUUUUUAAGAGGCCAAAAACAACUACUGAAGAGUAUUGUUAGGAAAAAGCCUUCUCAUGUGCAGCAGAAUCAGCAACAAACUCAAGUUAAGAACUCAUCUGUUGGUGCUUGUGUCGAGGUAGGGAAGUUUGGAAUAGAAGAAGAAGUGGAAAGACUUAAGCGGGAUAAGAAUGUUCUUAUGCAAGAACUCGUCAGGUUAAGGCAGCAACAACAAACUACCGAACACCAACUACAAGAUGUGGGACAGAAAGUUCAGGUGAUGGAGCAAAGGCAACAACAAAUGAUGUCGUUUCUAGCAAAGGCUGUUCAAAGCCCAGCUUUCUUAAACCAGCUAGUACAACAGAAUAAUGACAGCAACAGACAUAUUCCGGGAAACAACAAAAAGAGGAGACUUCCUGGAGAUGAACAAGAGAAUUGUGGAGAUUAUCAGGCUAAUGGUCUUAAUCGCCAGAUUAUUAAAUAUCAGCCAUCGAUAAACGAAGCAGCUCAAAAUAUGCUUAGACAAUUCUUAAAUACUAGUAGCUCACCUCAGUAUGAAUCGGUCUCAAACAAUCCUGGUGGCUUCCUGUUGGGUGAUGUUCCAAGUUCUAACUCUGUAGGCAAUGAAAACUCCUCAAAUAGAGCUUCUGAAGUAAUGUUGGCGGAGGUUUCACCUAACUCAGCUCACUCAGCAAUGAAUCAAUUACCCGAAGCAAGUUUGGCUCAUCAUCCUCAAGCUGGUCUGGUUCAGCCAAACUUAGGUCCAAGUCCAACCCAAGGACUAGCAGCUGCAACUUCUUGGAGCCCUGAAUCUGAUUUAGUUAAAUGCGAGACAGGUAAUGGAGAGUGUUUCGAUCCAAUAAUGGCUGCUUUGGAUGGGUCGUUGGAAAUUGAAGGCGGAGCAAUUUCUCCUGAAGGGGAUAGCCAGAUGAACGAGUUACUGGAUGAGGUACCUAAACUGCCAGGAAUCCAAGAUCCAUUCUGGGAACAGUUCUUUGAUGAUGAAAUUGAUGAUGAAAGCACAUCGAUUGGAGCUAUGGAUGAGAUUUUAUCAGGAUCAGUGGAGAAUAAUGACAUGGUAAUGGAACAAGAACCGAACGAGUGGACCAGGAAUCAACAACUGAAUUAUCUUACUGAACAAAUAGGACUUCUUUCUUCAGAAACUCAGAAGAAAUGA